UGUAUCUUUUACACGCUGCCCCGCCUCUGAUGUCCUCUUUUUUGUCAAUAACAAUAUGUCGGUCAUGUCCUGCCGUUAUGAUUGCAACUCCUCUGAAAUAUCGACACAUUGACAGUAGCCGUAACAGUAACAGAAUAGGUUUCAUUUCCUGUUCCAUGUAUAUCGACAGCAAAUCAGUAGGACUGUGAAUGUAUUGCUGUGCGGUAAAUAAAAGCUGUAGGAGUCUGAAGUUCUGAACCUGUGCGUUUUCAGUUUGGAAGUCCACACCGCAGAGGUAUAGCUUCAGCUUGAGACUGCAGUGACUGGACCGUAAGCAGGUUGAGUGCUCGUUGCCUGUUACUUUGAUUACAGUAGACCUAUUACACUCCUGUGUGAAGAAUAUAUUGAAAGUAGGCUAAUGUAUGAAACAUUUUACGUAGGCUGUGUAGGACCCAUUGCUAUUCAGGGAGGUCAGGUUUAUAAUUCCUGCAUGAAACGGAUUGAAACGGAUAUUUAUCUUGUGGGAUCGUCAGCUUCAGCUGUGAAGACCGAGGGUUUUUGCUGACAUGGCGUCAGCCCUGUUGGAGCAGAUCCUGUGUCCCGUGUGCUUGUGUGAGUUCAGCGAUCCUGUUAGCCUACGUUGCCAGCACACCUUUUGCAGGAAGUGCAUCACGGCUCACCUGGUAGCCAGUGGUGGCUCCGGCCAGUGCCCCGAGUGCAGACACCCCUUCAUCCGGAAACACAUUAAAGCCAACCGCACGCUGAGGAACGUGGUGUGCGCUGCUAGAGAGCAGCUGCUGGAGCAGAAGACGCUGGAGGAGAGUCUCACCGGCAUGAUGAUGCUGGAGAAGAGUCUCACCAGCAUGAUGACGGAGACUGGGACCCAGAGGCAGGAAGCGCCAGAGCUGAUGUGUCCCCAACACGAGGAGAAGCUGAAGCUGUUCUGUGAGACGGACCAGCAACUGGUGUGUUUGGUCUGCAGGGAUGGAAGCAGCCAUGAGGGACACAAGUUCAGACCUGUUGAAGAGAUGGCACAAAGCUGCAAGGGUGUGUUGAGUGGAGCAGUGGCCUUCCUCUCUAAAGAGAAUGAUAACCUUGACUACAUGAUCAGUCUGCAGACUGCUGAGAUCCAAAAAACAAAGGAGGAGUCCAGAGAGUUGUCAGUGCAGAUAUCCGCUCAGUUUGAGCAGCUGCACCAGCUCCUCAGACAGAAGGAGCAGGAGGUGAAGACGUGCUUGCAGCAGGAGGAGAAGAGAGUUCUGGAGCCGAUGCAGAAGAACCUGUCCAAGAUGAAGGAGAUCUACACUAAGGAGAGGAACACAGAGGGGAUGCUGAAGUCGAGUCUGAAUAGCAGUCAGCCCAUCACGUUCCUUCAGUGGUGGACUUCAGUGGGAUGUGACCUGGUUGAGAAGAUGCUGGUGCAUGAUGAGGCAUCUGCUGAAGGAACCGGCAGCGCAACAUAUCAUCAGUUCUCAUCCAAGAUGGCAGACUUGAGUGUGUCCAGUGACUUCCUCUCUCUGGGUCCUUAUGAGACACAUCUCCUCUUCUUUGUGUGGAAGGACAUACUUAGAAACAUCCAACCAGUGCCCCAUGAUGAUGUCAUCACUCUGUGGGACGAGGCGUAUGCCAAGGUGGCACGCAGUGGCCGCUCCAUCCAGAGGGUGGACAGGAAGGGUUUAUUUGGCCUGUACCGGGACUACAGGCCGCUUGCCAGGGGCCAAGGUGCACACUGGGGCGGCCAGCACUACUGGGAAGUGGAGGUGGGCAGGAAGCUGGACUGGAGCGUUGGGGUGUGUGUGGAGGCGUCACCUGGCAAGCUGCAGGAGCAGGGGAUGCUGUACCUAAAGCAUGGCAGGGGCUACAGUGUGGUAGCUGGGGGCCAGGAGACCCCCCUGAACCUGCAGAGUCGACCGUGGCGAGUGGGUGUGUAUCUGGACUGUGAUGAAGGCCGGGUGUCGUUCUAUGAUGCCGACAGCCUGAUUCUGUUCCACACUGCAGAGUUUGGUACUGGUAUGCCCCUCUCUCUCUGCCUUUCUCCAGGGACCCAUCUGGACGGGGGAAACUAUGAUGCCCUAACAGUGUGCAGCUAUCAGCCUAUGUCUCGAAGUGAUGUGGACUUCCUUAAGGGCUGCUGGAGAGGCACACAGGGCUGGGAUGAGGUCUUGUGGGGGUGACCAGAGGGCAGGUCGGGAAUGUGGAAAUUAUGAUGGCACAUCUCUGAGUUUUUACCUUUUAAUUGAUCACAUUAUCAAUGGCUGCACCAAGUACCAGUGCCCUGGUCCUCAGGCACUGUCUACCUUGAACAGUGAAGCACUAGCAUGGCUCGCGGACACAAGCUUAGUUAUUUAACAACAUUAUGAAAUGUAUUUUGAGACAUACGAAUAUAUAUAUAUAUACCUUUUAAUUUAAUGUGGUCUCAGAUUUUUCUUUUAGGUUUAUCUGCACUAUUCGUGUUAAGCACAUUGCAACACCCAUUGGCCUGUGAAAUGUGAUAUUAAAUAGCACAUUGGAAUUUGGAAAAUGGAUAAUAUUGCGUCAUUGCAUAAAUAAAGGGUAAAAUUUAAAAGAAA